AAUUAGCUAUUUUGUUUCACCUUUUUCUCCCUUUAAUUCUAGUGGCUUGACCUCCAUCAUUUCCCCCUCCCCUUCUUUCUACCACUAAUCCCUUCUCCCUCCCUAUGUCUUUUUCUUACAGGUCUCAAAUAUUGCUAGCGGCUAACUCAUUGGAAAUGAAAGAGGAUUAUUAGCUAGUUAAUACUAAUGGAUAAAGAAGCUGGAAAUCAUCAUCAUCAUCAAAAUCAUGAAAUUUCUAACAAAGAUGAAUUCUCACCGACGAUUAAGCCGCCGCAAAAUUACCAUGUUCCCACUGGAAACAGUGAUAGACUGAAGAGGGACGAAUGGAGUGAAGGAGCAGUUUCGUGUCUUCUCGAAGCUUAUGAAGCUAAAUGGAUACUCCGUAACAGAGCUAAGCUCAAGGGACAAGAUUGGGAGGAUGUGGCCAAGCACGUGUCGGCGCGUGUCAAUUCAACAAAAUCCCCAAAAACUCAGACGCAGUGUAAGAACAAAAUUGAAUCUAUGAAGAAGAGGUACCGAUCGGAAUCCGCAACCGCCGCCGAUGCUUCUUCCUGGCCGCUCUAUCCUCGCCUUGACCUUUUGUUACGUGGAAAUAAUGCGUCCGCGGCUUCCUCUUCGCUAAUUCCGCCGCCGCUUCCGCCGGCUGCGCCGCCUAAUACUAAUUGUGUGAUUGACGCCGUGGAACCACCAACGCAACCGCCAAUAGUACUACCUCCACCUCCGCUCCCGCCGUCGCCGGCUUUGCCUAUUGGGAAUGGUGAUCAGAAUUCGCAUGGUUCUAAUGGUCUUGACAGAGGAAUAAAGGAAGACAUAUUAAUGGACGCCAAAUUAUCGGACAAUGCAGCAGCAGCAGAUCACAAAAACGCAACGGCUACAAAUAGCAGCAGCACGCCAGCACUGUACAGUGACAACAAGAGCAAGUCAAAAUUGAGAUCAAAGAAUAAGCGAAAGAGGGCAGUGGAAGGGUGGGAGAUCGGAGAGAGCAUACGUUUGCUAGCUGAAGUAGUGGUAAGGUCAGAGCAAGCACGAAUGGAGACGAUGAGAGACAUCGAGAGAAUGAGAGCAGAAGCUGAGGCCAAAAGAGGAGAAAUGGAUCUUAAGAGAACUGAGAUCAUUGCCAACACUCAGCUUGAGAUUGCUAAGCUCUUUGCUAGCAUUACCAAAGGAUCAGUUGACUCUUCAUUGAGAAUUGGAAGAAGUUCAUCAUGAGCUAGAAAAUAAUAAUACUACUCUAGCUAGCUAGCUGUGGAAAUAGAAAUAACCUUGUUAUCAUCUUUUAAUUUGAUGAUAUCCUUCUUGACCCAGCCACUAUCUGGACAUUUUAUUUAGAUUACUAAUAAUAAUUAACUUCUAUUUCCAUUUU